GCGACUUCAGAUUUUCCUCACUUGCUUAUAUAUGGUCCUUCAGGUGCAGGAAAAAAGACGUGUAUUUCUUGCCUAUUAGAAGAGUUAUAUGGUCCAGGCGUUCGAAAGUUUUCACUGUUUUCACCCGCUGUAAUGUCUACUUUAGAAAUUCCUUUUUUUGUUCGAAUUGAUAAAGCGAUCUCUUCUUAUUUCGAAAAUAAACCAACCUUAUGGUCGGAUGAUAGCUUCCUCGAAAAAUUGAAGCCGUUAAUUAUGGAAGACGAGGUUGCUGAACUUUCAUCGGAAAUAAAUAACGAUGAUAUGAAAGAUGAACAAGCGCGAUAUAUUGCAGACCUUUUAAGUAAUCAGGUAUCUUUUCUUAGUAUAUUAAGCACAACACAGGGGGGGUGUUGUUCCUCUAGCACACAAGAGCUUGGAGAUAUUAUUUCUCCUAAAACUGUGGGUGUCGUUCUUCUUUGGACUCCUGGGGGGUGUCGUCCUUUGUUUCUUGCAAACAGUCCUAUAGAGGUGUCGUUCUUCUUUGGACUCCUGGGGGGGUGUCGUCCUUUGUUUCUUGCAAACAGUCCUAUAGGGAAAUUAACCGCAACCAAUGCAAGCUUUUGGAAAAAGCUAAAAAUGGAAAAGAAUCGCAAGCUUUCUGAAGCUAAUCUCCAUCAUAAAAAGACUAUUCACGAGCUUGACCAAUAUAUUAAUACAAAUAGUAAGGAUACCACGAUGAAUAUUCUUGAAAUUGCCAAACCCGCUAAAUGUUCUGAGCAAGAUGAUGAAUCUACAAAAUCUGAUGAAGGAACCAUUGCUAAAUUGUUGGCACAAAUAUUACAAAAUAAAUUUGAAAAAGCUGGUAGUUUAGCGCAAAAUGAAGAUCAAAGAUUAUCGUUAAAGAAAUGUCAAUCAGAAAUUGAUUUUACGCAAGAUGAAGAUCAAAAAUUAUUAUUAAAGAAACACCAAUUAGAAAUCGAAGAGUCAGAAUUACCUAAAUCGAAAAAAUUUGAAGCUGUAACUGAUUCUACGCAAAAUGAAGAUCAAGGGAUAUUGAAAGAAUUAACUGAUUUUACGCAAGAUGAAGAUCGAAGAUUGUCAUUAAGGGAACAUCAGUUAUCAAUCGAAGAACGCGAAAUAAAACUUGAACGCAAAAGAAUAGAACUAAUGAAAUUAAAAAAAAGCUUAAUAUAG